GCCCGGAGCCGGUGAGGCGGCGAAGGGGGGAGGGGGAGGAAGCAAGGGAUGAGCGCCGGGAGGGCGUCGGGGGCCCUGAGCCGGACUAGGACGCCCCUGGAGCAGGAACCCGAGCUGGAGCCGGAGCCAGAACCAAACCACCGUGUCCUUGGGAGGGACGGAAGCGCAGGACAAGCUGGAAAGGGGAACGCUCUGGGCGUCGGGGAAGCAGGAUCAGGGUCGCGGAAGAGGGCUUGCGCAUCCGCCGUCUGGCACCCCGGCCCCGGACCAGCACCCCUGACACGGACAGCUCCUUGGUUGGGUAGGGGGGUGGGGCCGGACCUCCGAGGCUUGUCAGUUUCGGAUCCUGAGGACCGAAUUCCUAUCCCUCCCCCAGUCCCUAGCUGCAGCCCCCUAACCCCAGGAGGCGCCCUGGCCCGCGCUCGCCCCCCAGGGCCUCAUGUCGGAACCACAGCCUGACCUGGAACCGCCCCAACAUGGGCUGUACAUGCUCUUCCUGCUUGUGCUGGUCUUCUUCCUCAUGGGCCUCGUAGGCUUCAUGAUCUGCCACGUGCUCAAGAAGAAGGGCUACCGCUGCCGCACGUCGAGGGGCUCAGAGCCUGACGAUGCCCAGCUCCAGCCCCCUGAGGACGAUGACAUGAAUGAGGACACAGUAGAGAGGAUUGUUCGCUGCAUCAUCCAAAAUGAAGCCAAUGCUGAGGCCUUGAAGGAGAUGCUGGGGGACAGUGAAGGAGAAGGGACAGUGCAGCUGUCCAGCGUGGAUGCUACCUCCAGCCUGCAGGACGGAACCCCCUCCCAUCAUCACACAGUGCAUCUGGGGUCUGCUGCCCCUUGCAUCCACUGUAGCCGCAACAAGAGGCCCCCACUUGUCCGUCAGGGACGCUCCAAGGAAGGAAAGAGCCGCCCCCGGCCUGGGGAGACCACUGUGUUCUCUGUGGGCAGGUUCCGGGUGACACACAUAGAGAAGCGCUAUGGACUACAUGAGCAUCGUGAUGGCUCUCCCACAGACAGGAGCUGGGGGUCUGGUGGAGGGCAGGACAUAGGGGGUAGUCAGGGGUCUGGGGGAGGGAAUCCCAGGGCAGGGACACCUGCCAUUGAGAGCCUGCCCCCUGAGAGGCCACAGCCCCUGGCCCUCGCCAGUCCCUUGGUGCAGAAUGGAGGACUCAGGGACAGUAGCUUAGUCCCUUGUACACUUGAGGGCAAUCCUAGAGCCUCUGCAGAGUCAAUGCUAGGGGCUGGAGGGAAGGGCCCAAGCCCAGGACUGGCCAGUCGAGAGGCAAUUGGACAGCCAAGCAAACUGGACACCACAGAUCACCAGGUGUCUGCACCACGAGGAGCAGGGGGUGUGUGAGCCUCCUUCUUCAAUGUACUGAUGGACUACCGGCUGGCAGGGCUGGGGGUGGGUGGGCAUGAAGGCCCUCCUUUCCACUGGACAGCACUGCCCUCAGCUGAGGAACCAGCUCUACUUCCAUCUGGAGUUGCAUGGUCUCAGUCUGGGGGACCUCGGGAGAAGUCUCCCCACCCCUAUCCCUCAGUCUCUUUCACUUCCCCUGCCUGCCAACAGGCCGCCUGACCCCUUCCCCAUCACCUCGCUCCAUUUGCUAGAGCGUGGCAGCUGGGAGCAGGCCUCUGCCCUUGGUGGGCCCCUAAAGCAAUAGCACCAUAGGCCCCCUGCCCUCUUGGCACAAGAGGCCCAGGCCCUGGCUUGGGCUUAGUGCCCUUUAUUCACUGUCAAUAAAUCCGCUCAGACCAUUA